CUCUCUUACCCACUUUUGAAAUGUCGAUCCUACAUUGCGAGCGCCAACACAAACGCUAGGUGCAACCAACUGUCGAUGUCUCAUGAAAAUACAGUCCACCCGAUUUUUAUUACAAUACUAGAAUUUGCCAAUGGCCGAUAUCCUCUAUCGCUGGGGAUCGGUCUGCUGGUAUCCCAAAGCGAUCUGAGUUUCGCUUUCUCGCGCUGCAUGUUCGUAUUUAAAGCUCCAGCGGCAACAUCGCCUAUCGAAUCAACAAUGCAGUUUAUAUGCAUGCCCGUUGGGAUUUUUAUGUCACUGCUCUACGAGAUCGUGUAUGCGAUGCACCCCAAUUGCAGUGUUAGGCUGAGAAGCUGUUGGCUGUAUUGUAUCUGUGCGGGGCA